AUGGUUGUUCUUCCUAGCAGCAGCGGGUACCGUCCCAACAAAGGCGUCAAACGCGAACAUGAUCCCGAUCAGAUUCACGAUGUCAGCUCCAAAAGUCCAAAUGCAAAUGGCACUUCAGACAAUCACACACACCAGCACAAGAAAAAGAAGAGUCACCAUCCUCAAGAUCAAACAGAACAAAGCGGAGGCGAGAAGAAGAAAAAGAAGUCUAAGCGCAUAUCUUCUCAAUCCCAGAAACAAGAAGACGCAUUAAUGAGUGGGGGCUUGGGAGAUAUGAGUGCGGAGUUGGGAGAGCCGAUAUUAUCACCUGCUCGCGAUUCUCAAGAUUCGACACCCAAAAUGCCGAAAGUCAUGAAAGUAAAGCAUGCGAAAGUGAACGAAGAUCGAGGCGGGGUCAAAAAGAAGAAGAAGAAGAACAAGACGAAGAAGAAUAAGACCGUACAUUUUGAAGAGCCCAAUAGUAACUAUCGCCCACCGCACGUUGUUGAUGAGGAAGAAGAGGCAGAAACUGAGAGAUCCGAGAUGAAUGGUGAUUCGGCCCAGCGCGAAACAUCUACCGUACCCGUUCGAUCUCACAGUCCAAUCGUACCACCACCAUCCAGUCCAAUUCUUCCUCCCACCCGACCAAAGAGAUCCUCGAGCCAUGGUCCUCCACCUCCAAUUCUCCCACAGGCUUCUCCGAGUCGGAUGGAUCCACUGUAUGUUCCUCCCACAGUCUCGACUCCGAUCCUGCCUCCAGUUUCACCUUUCAAGAAGAGGCGUAUCUCCACUGGUGAUUCCUUUUCUCAAACACCUCCUACCUUCUUAACAGAAGCUCCAAGUCCACAGGCUACUCCAUCAACACCUGCCAGACCAACAUCCGCCAAAUCAGCCCCACCUAAAUCUAAGGAUGACGAAUGGGAGUUUAGCACUGGAAAGAUUCGAGCAAUCAUUGGUGAUCCAAUGGAAAAGGAUGCCCAAAGAGAGGAGAACGUUGCAUUUUCAUCCAACUACAUCCAAUCCCCUAUGCGACAAGAUCAAGGUAUCAAUGUAGGAGGCGUUAACUUCAACAUUUGGCACAUUAAAAACCGUGAAACCUUCAUCUUCAAGAGCAAAAGCACUGGACUGCAAGUCUGUUCCGUAGCUCAAGGUACCAUAUGGGUAUUCCUCGGUCUCGAUAAAUUUCGUAUAUCGAAAGGUGGGAUGUGGCGUAUUAGGGAAGGAGAGAUCUGCUCUGCAAGGAACCAGGAUGGCCACGAGUGUGUCUUGCACAUCACCUCAAUUCCAAGUGCUUCUAUAUUGGCAAACCGGUGA